CCACAUGCAGGACCAGAAUACAGUCUAUAUGGAAAAGGUUUUUCAGAAAAACCUAAUGAAAAUCCUGCGCCUGGAACUUACAGCCCCGAAAAGUUCAAUCCACAUUCAGGACCAGAAUACAGUCUAUAUGGAAAAGGUUCUACAGAAAAACCUAAUGAAAAUCCUGCGCCUGGAACCUACAGCCCCGAAAAAUUCAACCCACAUGCAGGACCAGAAUACAGUCUAUAUGGAAGAGUUCUUUCAGAAAAACCUAACGAAAAUCCUGCGCCUGGAACUUACAGCCCCGAAAAGUUCAACCCACAUGCAGGACCAGAAUACAGUCUAUAUGGAAAAGGUUCUACAGAAAAACCUAAUGAAAAUCCUGCGCCUGGAACCUACAGCCCCGAAAAAUUCAACCCACAUGCAGGACCAGAAUACAGUCUAUAUGGAAAAGUUCUUUCAGAAAAACCUAACGAAAAUCCUGCGCCUGGAACUUACAGCCCCGAAAAGUUCAACCCACAUUCAGGACCAGAAUACAGUCUAUAUGGAAAAGGUUCUACAGAAAAACCUAAUGAAAAUCCUGCGCCUGGAACCUACAGCCCCGAAAAAUUCAACCCACAUGCAGGACCAGAAUACAGUCUAUAUGGAAAAGGUCUUUCAGAAAAACCUAAUGAAAAUCCUGCGCCUGGAACUUACAGCCCCGAAAAGUUCAACCCACAUGCAGGACCAGAAUACAGUCUAUAUGGAAAAGGUUCUACAGAAAAACCUAAUGAAAAUCCUGCGCCUGGAACCUACAGCCCCGAAAAAUUCAACCCACAUGCAGGACCAGAAUACAGUCUAUAUGGAAAAGGUCUUUCAGAAAAACUUAAUGAAAAUCCUGGGCCUGGAACUUACAGCCCCGAAAAGUUCAACCCACAUGCAGGACCAGAAUACAGUCUAUAUGGAAAAGGUCCUACAGAAAAACCUAAUGAAAAUCCUGCACCUGGAACCUACAGCCCCGAAAAAUUCAACCCACAUGCAGGACCAGAAUACAGUCUAUAUGGAAAAGGUCCUACAGAAAAACCUAAUGCAAAUCCUGCGCCUGGAACUUACAGCCCCGAAAAGUUCAACCCACACACAGGACCAGAAUACAGUCUAUAUGGAAAAGGUCUUUCAGAAAAACCUAACGAAAAUCCUGCGCCUGGAACUUACAGCCCCGAAAAGUUCAACCCACAUGCAGGACCAGAAUACAGUCUAUAUGGAAAAGGUUCUACAGAAAAACCUAAUGAAAAUCCUGCGCCUGGAACCUACAGCCCCGAAAAAUUCAACCCACAUGCAGGACCAGAAUAUAGUCUAUAUGGAAAAGGUCUUUCAGAAAAACUUAAUGAAAAUCCUGCGCCUGGAACUUACAGCCCCGAAAAGUUCAAUCCACAUGCAGGACCAGAAUACAGUCUAUAUGGAAAAGGUUCUACAGAAAAACCUAAUGAAAAUCCUG